AACAUUAGAUUUUAACCACAUAGAAUCUAAUGUUAUGUUUGAUAGCCUUACAGGAUGCAGUAGAAAGGGGAACUAAAUUAAGUAUGAAAAUUCAACAUACAUCUUGAUCACUUUUAUUUAAGGCCCAGGGGCUGUAAACUAAUCGUUUGUGUUGUUAUGUGCAAUCACAUCCAGUUUAACCAUGAACCUACAUUAAAUCUCCUUUACCUUAAAUGUUCGGGAUCUUUCCUCACCGCGUUGUUCAGGCCCAUUGAGUGCGUUUCUUUUCAGUCAGCUGAGAAAGUCCUUCAAACAGCCUUUUUCCUGGAACAAAUUGCUGCAAUUUUACCUCCUGCUUCUCUUCACUGAAUGGAGACCCUGCAAACAGUGCUCGACUUUCAUGUCAUUGUCAGAGUGGGAACCAUUGUGGCGUUUGGGACCAACACUAUUCUGUGGCAGCUUCGUAUCACACCACUUAGAGCCGUGAGUCAUGUGUCUCCGGCCAGCGGAGAAUUAAGCUUCCACCACUUUAUGGUGUAAAUUUAUCUAUAGCUGCUCCAACGUCGAGCUUUAUUAUCGUCACCCUGCUCACUGACGUGUGUGUGUGUGUGCGUGUGUGUGUGUGAAAGAUAAGGGUUCACUCAUGUACCAUCUGCAGUGCAGAAGUAAGCACUGAUUUUCCGAUUUUCUUCAAUUUUCUCUAAGUGUGCAGUGAGCAAAGCAGCAAACAAGCUCGUUUUAAUAUGUCUCGAGCUCUUUCACAGCAGCGUCAGGAGCCUGGCCCAACCCCCGAGCCUUAAUUAGAUUAAUGGAAGAGAUGGAGAGGAUCUAAUGACCCAUCACUGGACAGCAGAAAGAUGGAGAGGCUUGAAAAAGUGCGUUCUUCAUCCUCCUCCUCCUCCUCCUCUCCUCUGCCCCAGACAAGUCAAUGGUCCUUGAGAAGGCUCAGAGAUGCAUUAGAAGAAGCCCACGGCUGCGUCGAGCCCCGUCUGCAUCAGUGUGGCGUUUCGCCGGUCGUUCCCCAGCGUGACGAGAGGAGCCGAGUGGGAGUGGGAGGGCGACGGAUGUAAUUUUAUUCUUAACGACAAGCGGGCAUACGAGUGUCUCCCUGAGAUAAGGGAUGAAUGAAAGCAUGAAAAUGUGCAAAGAUAAUGAAAAUGACAAAGGAGGGAGAUUUGUGAGUUUAAAUGGCCGUGCUUAUAGUCUCUCCGUACGUGUUUUACGCUGAUUAUAAAGUGAGCUUAAUGUCUUCUUGAUGAGGAGUCUGUGAAUUACUGAUAUGUCCUGGUCGGCAGCUACAAAGACAAAACAUGAAAACUUUUGAGAGGCAGGAAAGACUCAGUCGCCACGUUGCUGAAUACUCACUCUGAUGAGUGUGCCCACAUUUGGUUUGUACCUUCGUAAACAAACAUGUCAGAGAGGCCUGCGACUGGUGGCCCCCCUCUCAUUUUGUAGCAGGUCUUGCUAAUGCAACGAAAGCACAUUUUACUUCUGAGGAGGAUUCUUGUAUUGAUAAAGUAGUGACGACGUCUGCCACGUCGCAGGCCCAGCAGCUUCUGCCACUGAGGGAAGUGAUGAUAUUGAUGCAAAGCGGUUGUUUUGUCUUUAAAAUCUGACAAGUCAGAUUUACUUCACGUGGGGUCUCUCUAAAGUUUGUAACAUAAAAGUGUCCUGUGCUGCAGGGCCUCAAACGCCAUGUGGGUUGAUAAGGAGGAGCAUUUCAGUGACUGUAAGUGCAAUGCAAACCCGUAUGUACUGCACACAUGCAGUUCAUUCUGUGGAGGCGGUCCCCGGCUGUCCCAGCCCUGCUUUAGUGGUCACCUAUAAGCCUAUUGGGAUCCUAUAUGAGAUGGUGAUGGGCUUAGAUGUCACGGUGAUGGUGGGGGCUAUUCGCCGUGCAAGAGUAUUAGUGGUGCUAAAAGCAGCCACAGCAGAGGAUCUUCCAGCUCAGGAAUCAGCACCUUCUCCUCACAGUCCCUUGCAGAAGGCACAGCAGAUGCACCUUUAGGUUCGUGGACAUGUUUGGCAAGUUGAAGGGCCUUUUAAGUGGCCCGCAGGUGCCAGCGGCUUCUGGAGUUUCCCCCAACCCGGCUCCUGCUCCGGCUCCUGCUCCUGCUCCGGCUCCUGCUCCUGCUCCUGCAAAGCCAACUCGAGCCUCAGAUCCAGCUCCUGGAGCAGCUCCAGCUCCAGCUCCAGCUCCAGCUCCAGCUCCAGCCUCAGCUCCAGCCUCAGCUCCAGCUCCAGCUCCAGCUCCAGCCUCAGGCCCUGGAGCAGCUCCAGCUAACCCUGAUCACGCCGCACCUGAGGGACAAGAAGCGGCUCCUCCUCCACCUCCACCCAUCGUCAUCAACAAGUAUUCAGAUGAGCAGCUCAGAGCCAUCAUCAAACGCAUGAGGGAGAGACUUCAGCUGUACAAGGACAAAGUGGUGGAUCAGUACGCGUCAUCCCCAGAGAUCAGCCCUCCCAUCACACCUCUGCUACCCAAAGACACCUACGUAAAAGUCAUAGAGGAGAGGAAAAGGCAAGCAGAGGAGGAACGGAUCAAGAAGGAGGAGGCCGAGAAGAAGAAGAAGGAGGAGCAGGAGCAGAAAAAAAAGGAGGCCGAGCAGAAGAAGAAAGAGGAGGAGGAGAAGAAGAAAGCGGAGGGUAAAGAUGAGAAAAAGGAGGAGAAGGACAUGAAGACCAGGUUUAAAGAAGUCGCCUGGUCUUCGGUGGACGCCGUGCUUAAGCCCAUUGAGGACCAGAUGGACUCUGUGCUGGGGACGACCAUCGACCCCUUCACAGACCGUCGCUACAUCGCCUGGCUCAGCCUGGUGACUCUGGCCUUCAACUACAACACCUGGUUCUGCACGGCCCGCCUGUGUUUCCCCUACCACACCGCGGACGCCAUCCCUUACUGGUUCGCCCUGGAUGUGCUGGCCGAUGUCAUCUACCUCACAGACUCCAUCGUCUUCCAGCCCCGCAAACAGUUUGUCAGGGGAGGAGACGUCAUAAAAGACAGAGUCAUGACUAAGAAGAACUACAGAGAUUCCGAGAGAUUCAUGAUGGACACGUUGUCCCUCAUACCGUUCGACUUGCUGUACCUCCAGUUUGGCUUCAAAUCCUUUUUCCGAGCCAAUCGUCUGCUGAAGGCAGAUACAUUUUUUGAGUUCAGCGAUCGUCUGGAGAGCAUCAUGGCCAAGGCUUACAUCUGGAGAGUGAUUCGGACAAUCGGCUAUCUUCUCUUCAUGCUGCACAUCAACGCCUGCUUGUACUAUGUGGCGUCGGACUACCAGGGCAUCGGGCAAACCAAAUGGGUCUACUCUGGUCUUGGCAGCGCGUACCUGCGUUGUUACUACUUCGCUGUCCGCAGUCUGAUCAACAUCGGGGGUCUUAACGAACCCCAUACCGUCUUUGAGAUUUCCUUUCAGAUGACUAACUUUUUCACGGGCGUCUUUGUGUUCUCCAGUUUGAUUGGACAGAUGAGAGACGUUAUUGGUGCGGCCACAGCAGGACAGACCUACUUCCGGUCCUCCAUGGACAGCACUGUGGCCUACAUGGUGACCAACCGCAUCCCCUCUCUGGUACAGAACCGAGUCCGCACCUGGUACACCUACACCUGGGACGCACAGGGCAUGUUGGAUGAGUCCGAGCUGCUGGAUAAGAUGCCUCUGGUGAUGAGAACCGCCAUCGCUGUGGACAUUAACCUGGCCACCUUCCAGAAGAUUGACCUCUUCAAGGGCUGUGACCAGCAGAUGUUGGUGGACAUGUUGCUGAGGCUCAAGUCCAUCAUCUACCUACCAGGAGACUUUGUCGUGAAGAAGGGUGACAUCGGUAAAGAGAUGUACAUCAUUAAAAGCGGAGCGGUGCAGGUGGUGGGAGGACCUGACAACAGCAUCGUGUUCGUCACACUGAAGGCUGGCUGCGUGUUCGGAGAAAUCAGUCUGCUGCAGUCGUCCAAAGACGGAGGGAACAGACGCACAGCUAACGUCAAGGCCUACGGCUUCGCUAACCUCUUUGUCCUGGAGAAGAAGGACCUGUUUGACAUCCUCGUCCACUACCCCGAGUCUCAGAAAGUGUUGGCCAGGAAGGGAAGGAAACUAAUGAAAGCAAAGGGUCCAGCGGCAGCCAAAGCAGAAGAGGAGAAGAAGAAAGGACUGGCGCUGUUCGGACCCAAGCCGCCCACGCCCAAACUACUGCGAGCUGUCGGUGGAACCAUCAACAAGAAAAUUAUCGAUAAAAUGAAGAUUGCUGCUGGAGGCCAGUGAGAGUUGUCCGGAGGUUUUUCUCUUAAUAUAACUCCUUUUUGGGAGUGAAUGUGCAAUUUUAUUUCCAGCUUCUUGCUACUCUUUUGAACUGAGUGUGUGUAUCCUGUUGUUUAAAAUGGAUGCUUCUGUUAGUCCCACACAUUUGCAAGCAGGAUUGUCCACGUUAAGACCUUAACUCAGGUUAAAUAUAAGCAUGUGGAAACAUACUAAAGUCAGAUUUAGGGCCCUGACACAGCGGGCUGAACCAUCGGGCUGUUGGCGAGCGUCUGUGGCUCUAGUUUUCACGCCGUGUACA